AUGGCUGCGUACGGCCAUUCAGCGCCGGCGCAGCACGGGGCCUACAGCGCUCCGUUGCAGAUGGCCACCGCGACUGCGCCCCACGGCACCUUCUCACCAGGCACCAAGAUCCAGGUUGGAAGCCACCGAGUGGUGAUACAAAAAUACCUGUCCGAGGGCGGGUUUGCUCAUGUCUACUUGGUCAAACUGCCCUCGCCGGUCAAUGGGACGGACCAGGCGGUCCUCAAGCGCGUCGCCGUGCCGGACAAGGACACGCUGCGGGGGAUGCGCACCGAGGUCGAGACAAUGAAGCGGCUCAAGGGCCACAAAGCCAUUGUUACGUACAUCGACUCGCACGCCUCCGAGAUGAAGGGCGGCGGCUAUGAGGUGUUUUUGCUCAUGGAAUACUGCAACGGCGGAGGGCUGAUCGACUUUAUGAACACGAGACUGCAGCACCGGCUAACGGAGCCCGAGAUCCUGAACAUCUUCAGCGACGUUGCGGAGGGUGUGGCCUGUAUGCACUACCUGAAGCCACCGCUACUGCACCGCGAUCUCAAGGUCGAGAAUGUCUUGAUUACUAUGACGGGCUCGAAGAGGAAAUUCAAGCUGUGCGAUUUUGGCUCUGCCGCGCCGCCGCGACCUGCGCCGACAACUGUCACCGAAUGUCGGCUCAUGGACGAAGACGUGCAAAAGCAUACCACGCUGCAAUACAGGAGCCCGGAAAUGAUCGAUGUGUAUAGGAAACAACCCAUCGAUGAAAAAUCGGACAUCUGGGCGCUAGGGGUUUUGCUGUACAAGCUUUGCUAUUACACUACGCCCUUUGAGGAGCAGGGUCAGCUCGCCAUUCUCAACGCCAGCUACAAGUUCCCAAGCUACCCAGCCUUCUCAGAAAGACUAAAGAAGCUCAUUGCGUCAAUGCUACGCGAGAACCUUCAGUCUCGGCCAAACAUCUUCCAAGUCCUGCAAGAGUCCUGCUCCAUGCAAGGCCGGGAAGUGCCCGUAAAAGACAUAUAUGCCGGGCGUUCGCGUCCUGACUCUCGUGCCCACGAACGUCCCGCGGUUGCUGAGAAGCCAUCGUCUAAUCAGGCUGUGGGAGCCGUUUUCUCACCGCCACCACAGGAACAGCAGGUGAUCCCCGAAGUCGUCCCCAUGAGAAGAGGCCGACCUCAGGCCGCAUCGCAGCAGCCACAUCCACAAGCUGCCAAGCCAAGUCCCUCACCAAUGAGGGUGAAUGGUGAUCCCUUCGCCGCACUCGACACAAAAUCCGCCAAGAGCAAGGGUGGUGAUGAUCUGUCGUCGAGAUUCCCGACGCUUGAUCAAUUCUCACUUCUUCAUGAUAAGGGGUCCAAGUUUCAGUUUGAAGAUGCGGCACCAGCCGCCACGACACUGAGGUCCAAGGAUGCAGGACAGAGUGUACCGGACAGGGCUGCGGAUGAAGCUUUUGCACCAUCUCAGCCCAAGCCGACACUGACAGCCGGGCCAUCGAGACAGUCAGUUGCCCUUCCUCAAACGAAUAAUUACGCCAAACCAACUAUGGACCCGCCUGUUACAUCACCUCCCGUUAAAUCCGUAUCUGCUCCGCCCAAGCCAUCAGAGAUGAGCCGCGCAUCAGCCAUCAUCUCCAGUACGCCGGAACUACAGGCGAUUUCCUCGCAGACUUCACAGCCGGCCCAGCCCUCGCCUUCCAGACCACAAAUGGUCUCUAUCGGAACGAUGACGACGCCGCCCCCUCAAGAAACGCCACAGUCGCAGUAUCAGAUCUACCGCUUCCCGCCAUCAGAUCACCACCGUUCGUCCAGUCUUCCCCGUCAGCAAGAGACCGGCGGCUCCGGCUAUCUUCGUGCUGGGACACCUCUCUCGUCUAGGUCCGGAGCCGCGCAACGUGAAUCUUUCCAGGCACAGCCCAGCCACGUGAGACAUCCAUCGUCUUCUCGCCCCUCUCUUGAAGGGGGGCGGCCGAGCACUGAAUAUUUUGAGCCUCUUGCAAAGUCAAAAUCUCAGACCAGUCGACCUCGGCCUGUCAGUACGUAUCUGGAGUCCAACUUGGACUUUCUCAAGGAGCGGGAGAGUGCGCCGAGACCACUUAAAUCGCCUGGACUCCCGUCUCCCAAUCUUAUUGACACUGAGCCGUCCCCGAGGUUAGAACCCAGCGAGGAUCGGAACAUUGAGUCCAAUGUCGAGUUUCUCCGGUCUAUGGAGGACUCCGAUAAGGGUCACACUAAACAAUCCAAGAGAUCCAGCCUUGGUUCGCUCUCGGGCACGAAGAACAUCCUCGCCGGAAAGUUUGGGGAUGCCUUCAAACGCUUUGAGGGACAAAAAGAGGCUCCUCCUCCUGCACGAACACCAUCGCCCCUGAAGGACAUGGAUCGGCAUGACCUGACGCCUAUCACCGGCUCUGUAGCCACCGAUGGACGCAGUGACGACGGCCAGGUCCUGGAUGAGACGGAAGACAUGACACCGGAGAUGCGCAGAGAAAUGGAACGUAGAAGACUGGCGGAAGAGGAAAGGAGAGUGGAAGCCGCAGCCGCAGAGUACCGGCAGCGAGUCACUCAACGCAACGCGAGCUCAUCGGGUGGCCCGCCCACGGUACCGCCAAAGAGCAUCGGCGGUGUUUCUCGCGCCGUCUCUAUCCAGAACAAAGUCCAGAGCUUGCUCAGCGAGUCACAGGGCACAAGUCAUGUAUCCAGACAGGCCGAGGGUUACGGGCACUUUGCGGACGCCGCCACGGCGGCAAGCCGUCCGGCCGACAAGAAGCCCGAGGUCCCUAGAAAAACGGUCGGCGUUGGGAAGACAUUCCCCCCACCUGAUCGGCACGUCCAGUCGGGCAGCCCGGUCAACGUCUCUGUCCAUCGCUCUUCGACUCUUCCCCCCGACCCUUCCAGCUCUCGUCCCACGGCCAGCGCCACUGGUGGUCCGCCCAAACCAGCAGCAAAGCCGAAGCCGAUCCACUUGAACAAGAACCUGACUGCGGGCGGCGCCGGCACCGGCCGGCCUGCGUCUCCGCAGAAGCCGAGCUACCUGGGCAAGACGCUGCCCGGGCCCCCCGCGCAGCAGCAGCAACUGGUGGCGAUGGACCUCCCGGGCCAGCCGGCCCUAGAUAUGUCGCCGCAGGAGAAGGACGACUACCUGCGGGACUUUUCCAAGCGGUUCCCCAGCCUGACCUCCAUCGAGAUGGUGGAGAGGGAUCUGGGUGCCGAGGCGGAGGGGCAGCGCAGGUAA